AUGUCCGGGACUAUGGACCCGCUGGAGUAACGGUUCCUGCUACCAGGAGUACUCCAAAGGACCGUGUAAAGAUGGCGAACUCUUUAUGAAAGAUUCCAAUGGUCGUGGCAUAUGCUCAUGCUCGAGCGACCUGAAGAUGUUCUACCACCCUGAGUCCAAACAAUGCUAUCCGCUGUACGAACAAGGGCCUUGCAAUCCCGGUCAUAUCCUCAAGUUCGACUACGCUACCAUGAGACCGAGUUGUUUCUGUCGCGAUGGUCACAUGCUUGAAGAAGAUGGUACUUGCUAUCGUUUGAACUCAGCUGGACCGUGUGACCCAAGCGCCUGCAAGACUGGUACCAUCAACUGCUACCUCAUGAACCUGGACACACUAAAGACCGAGUGCAAGUGCCUACCUGGCAACGUAACCACAGCUGAUGGUCAUUGCUAUGAACCUUAUUCCCAGGGCCCGUGUCCGCUCGGUAAAUGGCUGGUGUUUUCACAACCUGGGGUGGCUGUCUGCCAAACUAAGGAGCACUGCUCGCGGUAUGACAACUAUUUCUUCUGGGCUCCUGAUCAGCGCUGCUACAGGCAAUAUUCUCGAGGUCCCUGUCCUAAAGGACGUCUCUUCUACUUAGACUCCAAUACCGGAGAAGCUGGAUGUGAUUGUCGCUCGGACUGGCAGCCGUACUACUUUGAAGAGGAUGGUCAGUGCUACGAACAACACUCGAUAGGUCCAUGCAAGAUAGGGAAAUACUUUGGUUACAACAAGACCUCUCACCGCACCGAGUGCAACUGCUUCACCUCGCACGUCUUGGACCCAGAAACCGACACUUGUCAUGAACAAAUGACUCGUGGCCCAUGCCCAGAGGGCCAACUUGUCGUGCGUGGUCCCAAUAAUGGUACUAUGCAAUGUUCGUGCUCAGAGAACCUGCAAAGUCACUAUUGGCCCGAAACCAAGCAGUGCUACCAACACUUCCAGCAAGGUCCCUGUCCUGCCAACCACUCCUUCCGACCGUCACCAGACACUGGACUACCGAUGUGCAUGGUGUGGGGGUAAACGGGGGCGCUUGAUUCUUUUUACAGAAUGCUUUAAUUUUAAUUAGGCUAACGAUGUGAGCAGAAAUAUUUUGAAAUUUUACUCGAGGAAAUUAGGCUUGUGAUUUUAGAAAUCUUAUCCUGUAAUAUUUUAUUGAUAUGAGUCGAUGGUCGAAAUAUUUUCACUCUGAAAGUUUCUCCACUGAUUUUUUUCAUGAAAUAAUUUGUGGACUUAGUUUUGUUUUCGGUGCUUGAUGCUUCCAUCGAUCAUUGGGUUCACUUAAUUAGGCAUCUAAUUUUAUCGUUUAUUUUCCGAGUUUCGUUUAUGCAUCAUUAACCCUAAUUUUGGUUAUAAACUUUUAAUGACUGCACCGUUGUCUGCAAACAUGCCCAUGAACCUAAGCAAUAAAAGAACGGUAAUGUAAACUUAGAUAAUAUUAUUCAUUCAUUGAGGCACUUGUUCUUGACCGAGCGCGACAAAACAUUAUGGAUACUUGGAACAUCUUCCUACUACAUCCAUCUCUUGACUUUGGUAAAAAUGAUUGAAUUAUUUUCUCAGGCACUAUUAAUCAACAUGUUGCAUGUUUUUUCAAAACAUCUCUUCAACAUCAUCUUGCACGUUUCCUCGAAAAAUUUCAAUCGUCAUGCUGCGCUGUUUAUCGCGUAUCUUCUCGAUAUCAUAUUACAUUUUUCGCACCUCAAAAUUAAUUAUGAAUAUUUUGAAGUUGGGUGAGAGAUGUUUCUCAAUUCGACAUGUUCGAUGGAAGAUUUCAGAUGUCAAAUUCGACUUUUCCGUAAAGGGCCAUUUUAUCCUAAGAUGACAAAUCGACUUCAUUUUUAGGAUGUUUUUGUUUAGUUUUACUCAUCUAAUUUAUGAAGAAUAAUUUAAAAUACUGGUUCCAUUAAUUUUAUGUGUUUCCUUUGGGCGAAUUCACAUUUAUCUCGGAAGAACCGCAGCCACGCUAAUAGCAGUUCUGGAAUUUUUUUAAGUUAAGAAUUAUAUAAAAUUUAAUUCUAUGAAAAAAUGAAAAUUAAAUCUAUUUUCAAGGGAAUUACAAAGUUGGUUUCCUUGUAUCACCCGCGGUUAUUUCUCGUUAUGUCGAUAUUAAAUUUCAGAGCUAAAAAAAUAGCCUGAAGCUUUAAAUUACUCCAUUUAUUUAUUAAUUUGUGGAUGGAAUUCACGAUACUGACUAAUUUAUUCAUUUGUAUAAGUGGAAUUCACUUCUCUGACUCAUUGUAUUUUUGCGUUUAGCAUGAACCUCGAUUUCAUAAUUACUUUAUUAAUAACGUGUUAAUGUAAGUUAUUUAGCAGAGAAAAUUUCAUCCCUUUCGUUUAUCAUGAAUUACUUUCAGUAAGUAAAAUAUACAUUCCUGCACCGCAAUUGAAUACACAAUUCGUGAGCCUAUCAGAAGAUAAUGUUUUUCAAUGAAUUCUUUUCGAUAUCGUGUAGAAAAUGUAAUAUUCAGGAUUUCUAAUCUUUAUGAAAAAAAAUUUGGUGGUAAAUGCAAAUUGUUCUUUUUGAAUGCAAAAACCAACAACAUUGUUGAAGGCGUUGUAAGAUAAUCAUAAGUUAGUACGAUGUCGUAAGUUUAUCUGAUAAUAACUUUCAGGUGUCAACAUGAAGAUCAGAAAAUUUAUAAUUGUAAUCAAAUAACUUGAGGUCACAGACGCGUAUCUCAGUUUACUGAACAUGAACGAUUUUAAAACUUGAUAUGAAUAUAUGUUUUCAGGACGGCGGGUUUAGCAAAAAUAAAUCAGUGUGACAUUUUCCACACAGGGACACACUUUCUGCCCUUAUUGGUCAACCUAGCCCAAUUUGGCCAGGAAAAUAUUUAUCACCACUACACUCAAAAAUUGUCGAUAUUAGGACAAUGUAUUCCAUUCAUUUGUUUGAGUUUGAACAGGAAAAUACUUAUCACCAGUACACUCAAAAAAGUGUCGAUAUUAGGAAAAUGUAUUCCAUUUAUUUGUUUGAGUUUG